AUGCCCCGUCUCCGGCCGUCGCUGUUUUGGGGUGCACGCCGAUUCUCGCCGGGCGCAGCCCUGCUGCUGCCCGUCUGUCGUGACCUACCGUCGGCGCUGACGGAGCUUCGCUGGAUCCAGGCGCACGUGGAUGGACCGGACACGAAAACGGCCGACGCUGGGCGGAGGCCGAGCCGACGGCGCAGCGCCAAAGGGCGGCAGAAGGUCCUCGCGCUGUGUCGGAGGCGUGGCCGUGGCGAGCCUUUGCAGUACGUCCUGGGGACGCAGCCGUUUGGGCCGCUGGAUCUUCUCUGCCGGCGAGGUGUCUUGAUUCCGAGACCCGAACCAGAAGCAUAUUCCAUGCACCUCGCCGACUUGCUGUUGCAGGAGAGGGCGCGAGAGUCCUCCCAUGGGGCGCUACAGGCACCGAUCACGAUCCUUGAUGCGUGCACAGGAACGGGCUGCAUUGCCCUGCUGCUGUAUGCCCGGCUGCGCCAGCGGGCCGAGGCAGCGCGUAGGGCGCCGGUGCGCGUCGUCGGCGUCGACCUGGUGCCAGCCGCCGUGUCCCUGGCCCGAGCCAAUGCCGUCCGGAAUGGGCUUGCGUCCGGACAGGAGGGAUCGUCCACGGCCUCGUCCCGGUCGGCGUCGUCGGUCCGCUUUGUCCAGGGCGAUUUGUUUGCCGACGACGACUGGCUGCACGAGCCGGCCGUUCAAAAUCUGCUGCAGCAGACGGACGGGGCACAGUCCCCGCGCCUCGACGUCCUGGUGUCCAACCCGCCGUACGUCUCGACGGACGGCUUUGCACGCGACACAGCCCGGUCCGUCCGCCUGUUCGAACCGAAGCUGGCACAGGUGCCUGACGUGGUGCGGGCGUCCCUCGACAACAACCAUGGCCAACCGUAUCGUGACGCCACCGCCGCCGCCGCCGAGGACGUAUUCUAUGUGCGCCUGUUGGACCUUGCCGCGCGGCUGGAUGCGCGAAUACUGUUGUGCGAGACCGGCGGGCUAGAACAGGCCGAGCGUGUGGUGGCAUUGGCGUUGGCAAAGGCGGCGGCAAAGGCGUCGGCAAAUGCGUCGCCGUCUCUUCUCGAGGUGGAGAUCUGGGCGGACCAGCCGGACAUUGUGGACGUAGACGACCUCGACCGGUCCGUCACAGUGGCUGGACGGACUGUCGCUAUUAAAGGCAGCGGCCAUGGCCGGUCCGUGUUUAUACGGCGGAGGUGA